AUGCGAAACCAUUGUCACCCUUUUCACCAUCCACAAUAUUCAGAUAUCACUGACCCGACUAACCCUCGUAUGAUGAGAAAAAAUUCGUCAAUUAACUUGUUAUUGGAUUCAACGUCAUCGGUCGUACGUAAUGCCACCGCUAAUAUUUCUUAUUUAAUUGGUUCAGCAAGACGUGCAUCGUAUGCCGGUGAUCUCGAUCCAUCAGUUCAAAUGAGUGGCAACUGUGGUUCACUCUAUCUUCAAUCUUCACAGCCUUCGCCUACGGUUUCUCCACGACUUAAUCGGGCUUUCCAUCGUGAACAAACUCUGUCAAAUGAAGAUCAAAAACAUCGUCGUUCAAUCACAAUUUAUGAUGGAAAAAUACCCUCACCUCGUUCUAAUUCGCCCUCAAUGAUUCCGUUUGAUUUAAUUACACCAAUAGAAGCGAUUGAAAACACAAAUGAUCCCGUCGACUCUUAUGUUCAAAUUGUUCUUGAAACACCCGAUGAUAGAAAACAACCAAAUAUCUUUUUAUAUGAUUCUGCAUCGUCAAGUGAAUCCCCAUCAUCCGAAAAUAUAUAUUGUUAUAAUAAUUCGACUGAACAAUUUGUGAAACCAAAACGUCGUUUAUCGUUCACUAAACAGUCUCCAUCUCCGACGUCUAUGACAACUGAAAACGAUGAUAAUUUAAAAAUCAAAGAUAAUCAAAAUCCGCUUGAUCUAUCAAACACUUAUUGCUCACCACCAACGGUCGUUGAACCAAUGGACUUUUCAUUUCUUGAUCCAAUUCUAAAAGGUGAAAGUGCUGCACCACCACCCUCGUGUCGUCGAACACGAUUUUUAUCACAUGACAAUUCAAAUACAACCAUCUAUUCACCUUUUGAUAUAGACAAUAUGAAUAAACAUCGUUUGAAUUCAAUAUCUAGUUCAAUAUCGAUUAAUUCUGACACAUCUCUCGAAUCUUCAAGUUGUUUAUCGUCACCAAUCGAAAAAAUUCUACCUCAACACACUUUAUUCGAGUCAACUACAAAAGUAGUGAAUCGAAAGAAAAAUAGUGACUCGAUGUUUAUAUCAAAUAUGAAACAUACGAAUAAUGCUGCUGUCACGUUACAGGUGCCUUUGUAG